AUGAAUUGGAUCCCGGUCAACUUUGAUCAUGUUCACUAUUCUAAGCCGCAUGGUGUGCCUUAUUUUUGGGAUCCCAAGUAUCCAGAGUGGAUCCAAAUUGUAGAGGAAAGUACCUGGGUAUCAAAGCACAUCUCGUGGGUAGAGCCACAUGACACAGAUGAGAAACUAAAGAAGAUUGUGCAAGACGCGGAAAGAUUGAUGUUCCAACGACAAAGCGCAGUCGAGAUGCCUGACUUCUCUCAGCGCCCAACUCUACCUUCCCUUGCGGCACACAUUGCCAAAACUCCGUCAGAAUCUCCAUAUCACGAGCCUUUCGGGAGGCGCAGACCGCUCGAAAAACAACAUCUUCCUGCAUCCAACUCAGAAUUCUCGACAUCAGCACGAAUUCAUUCUUUUUGGGAGGCAUCGCAGGGAGGAAUGCAGCCUGGACAAACUAUUGCAAACGCCCCUCGACUGGGAAUCGAUUAUUACAGCUUGCCAGACCGCUCCUUGCAAUCGUAUGGCCGGCUCAACCCGGCGCCCGUCAUUAUUAAGGAGGACAUAUGCAAUCAAUCAGCGCUUUUCCCGUCCAACUAUUCGCACUAUGUCAACAACCCGUCGUUUUGA